AUGGCGUCGGCCAAGGAAUCCAAGACACAGCAUUCUACAGAAACCUCUACGGACCUUUGCUACCAGGGAAGUUGUCAUUGCAGGGCUGUACGCUUCUCCGCAAGGUUUCCGUCGCCGCUGUCGCAAUUAACUGUGAUCUCCUGCAAUUGCAGCUAUUGUCACAUUGCAGGCAGUUUGCUGGCUUUUGCGGAUGAUAUGGAGGUUCAAGGAACAGAAUCACUGACGGAAUAUCGUUUCGCCACGCACACUAUACGGAUCUUUUUCUGUAAAAUUUGCGGGGCUAAUGUGUACAACAAGUCGAUCAAUCCACAUUUCCAGUAUGGUAAAUGUGCUAUUAAUCCCAUCACUUUUGUCUACAGUCUAUGCCUGUUUACCAUGUUUGAGGAUUGCAGAAGAGCUAACAGAGAUACCGGGAUUCCAAUCCAGGUGCGCCUACUGCAUGGAAUUGACUUGGAGACCAUAGAAGUGACAAAGGGUGAUGCCGCCCAAGGCGAGGGCCUUUUGAGUCUGAUCUACGUGUCUGAAGCAAUUGGGUGGUUUUCUUCUGCUUCAGUGAAUGGUAAAGAUGAAUAUGAGCAUCACGUAUCAGUUCCUUUUGGGACUGAGGUCUUUUGGGACGAAUCGGGCAAGGAAAAUGAGGGCAAGAUAACUAACUAUCGAGAGAACAUAGUUACUAAGCCACCUGGAGCACGGAUAGUACUGCGGCCAGCCAAGGAUACCCGAAUUCCUUCGACCCACAUGACAGUUCAACUCAAGAUUGAACUCUGUCCGAUUUUACAGUAUACUCUCAGUCGAUCAACACACGACGAUGACCCAAGGCCUUUUGUCUUCAUAUGGUCUCCCGUUGAUGACGGGUAUAGUGAAGAUGGAUUCAUGCUUCUACGACAUACCUCAGAGGGUAAGCUGGAAAGGGUACCUGUACCAGAUGCGACCCUAGAUCCUCUAGAUAUGGUGCACGUGGAGUACCCAUUUGACCUUCAGAAGCUAGAGCUUGGCGGUUCCAUCAUCUACUGUCACAGUCUUCCACGCAGGUACAGGGAGCAUCUGGAACCCAGCGAAACUUACGAGCUGGUCUGGACCGGUACAAAGAUUCCUUUGUGGGACUGGGGAGUCCCUAGUGACUAUGUAGGGUCCCGCCUGACUGCUAAUCCGACACAGCCGGGUUUGAUUUUACCGGGAGGCCCAAGUGUUACGUUUACAUAUGAGCAGAUAGAGUCUCCGGCCUUCAGUCGCCGGCAAUCCACCCCACCAUUACUGCCAUCAGACCGUGUACAGGGCACCCCCAUCCUGAGCGUAGAGCUCCCCGGUCCGAAGACCAUUGUCCCCGAGGGAAAACACUAUGCAUCGUUGCAUGUUUGCUACCAUGGUGGCCCCACAGAUCAGCCGAUAAUAUUCCGUGACCAUGUGAUCUGGGAACUGAUUCGCUCCUAUCGUCUAGAGAGUGGUUUGUGGGAGCUUCAGGAGGGUCCCUGUGGAUGUUCUGGGCUUUUAAUAGAUGAUUUUAAUAUCACGGUCAAUGUGGUGGAGGACGAAGGCUUCAUUACUAUUAAGCCGGGAGAAUACUGGAGUCCCUCAUGGAUAAUUAUAGAAGACAUCUAUGGUUGGAAAGUGGGUUUGAAUAUUCAACGCAAACGGCGUGAUAUCCCCAGAAUGGAAGACGUCAUUUGUUUGCUAAACGUUCUGCUGCCCGGAUUUGACUGGCAAUUUGUUUCACAUUGCUUGAAUCGCAAAAUCCCAGCCAUGGCUCUCACCUCAAUGCCGCUUGUAUUCUCGAAGGAGGUGAAGCAUUAUGAUCCAGAAGACUGGUACAGUGAAAUUCAAAAAAACAGCCAAGACUACGAAUCUUUGCGUAUUGCUAGCCUGACUCGAGUCAAAGACCUUGAUUCGGAUUGGGCACAUGAAUAUGUCGAAUUCAUUAUCCAGGGUCAAUUACCAAUUGGACGAGCACGUGUAUAUGCAAAGCGUGGGGUACCGAAGAUAAGCAUUGACAAAGUCCCCCCCGCGAUGAGUGUCAAUACCUCCACGUUCGAAGGCCGAUGGAGAGGCCUUCCCCAUGACCUUCCGCUUCCAUUGGAGUACUUUGUCUACGCGGACAAAAAGCUUAGCUUCAUCAGCUUGGCGAAGACUAUCUCGGAAGUAAGCAAAAAAGGAGCCGCAUACAAACUUCUGCGCAACAAUUGUUACUGGUUUGCCUACACCGUAAUGAAAGUCUGGGGAAGCGUACAUAAAGAAUCCAAGAAGGUGGUCGCUUACAACUUGGGCGGAAGUGGUCAAACGUUGGAGGAUCUCUGGUCGUAUGGUAAGGCUCUCUGGUAUAACAACACCUUUAAGAAAGAUGCAAAGGAGUUCGACGAUUUGCGAAGAAGUGGGUUUGUGAUGGCUGAACUACCUUUGUCUCGUGAACGUACGUCGCCGGUGGAACAUAUUACCACUUUGAAAAACGUGGUAUUGGAUCCGAAUACUAUUGAUCGCGGAUUAACCUACGGUAGGAGCUGUAUACAUCGUUCGGUUGAACUGUACCUUGAAAAUGCGAGCGAAAAGGUGAAGAAACAAGAGGAAACGCAGGGGGGGCUGAGAUGGACUGAGGAGUUCGACGAGAAUGUUCGUGAGCUGGAGGAAAAUAUCGGGAGAGAGAUGAGUGACAAGGAGAAAAAUGACAUGUAUGAGAAGAUUGAACAGAUGGUGUUAAAUUCGGUAGGCAAACUGUCCAUGUACCGACAAUUUGAAUGUAUGAGCUUACAAAAAGACGACCUUCAGGCACCAGACAGUAGCGGAAUCACUUCCAAACAGCUCGGACUCAAUGAACCACAGGCCAGACAGCAUUACCUGGUGGAAGAACUCCUCGAUAGGUUCGCGGCAACGGUUGUAGCGGAAAUGGACAAUGAUUCGGAUUAA